AUGUCUGAAUCAACAACGUUACAAUUCAAAAUCAAACAUGCUGGUAAAUUUUAUGAUUUAAAAUUGUCAAAUGGAUCUUGUUUUCAGGAUCUAACCGCUGAAGUGGAAACUCUAACUAAAGUUCCAUCGUCAAGACAAAAAUAUAUGGUUAAAAAUGGUGGCAAAUUGACUAAAGAUACUCCAAUUCUAGAUAUCAUUAAACCAAACCAAACAAUCAUGUUAUUAGGUACUCCUGAUGAAAAUUUGAUUCAUAAACCAAUUAAAAGAGCUAAAUUUAUAGAAGACGGUUCUAGCAAUAUCACCUUUUCAGAUAUUGAAAAUAAACAACCAAUUGGUAUCAAAAAUUUAGGAAAUACUUGUUAUGUCAAUUCUACUUUGCAAGCUUUGUAUCAAAUCGAACCAUUAAGAGACGCUGUUCUAAAUUACGAUCCGUCUCCACUUUCGCAGCAGCAGCAACAACAACAACAACAACAACAACAACAACAACAACAACAACAACAACAACAACAACCAUCAUCAACAAACAAUUCUGAAUUACAACAGCAAAUAAUUCUAGUCAGAGAAUUGAAAAGGACUUUCCAAAACAUGAAGGAAAAAAAACUAGAAAAUGUUUGGCCAGCCACUCUGUUGAUUGCUUUGAGAAAAUGCUACCCCCAAUUCUCCGAAAUGGAUCAGCAAUCAGGAACUUAUAAACAACAAGAUGCUGAAGAAUUGUUUACUCAGUUAUUUCACACCCUUAAAUUAGUUUUAGGUGAUGAAAUUUUGCGGGAUUUUGAAAUUGAGUUUCAAACAACUAUAACAGACAAAAACAAUAGUCAAGAUGUGAUGAUUAAGAAUGAUGAACAGGACUUGAAGUUGCAAUGCCAUAUUAAUAGUCAAACUAAUUUUUUGAAAAGCGGCUUGGCGAAUUCCCUACAUGAAACUUUAGAAAAAAAGUCUAGCAUCACUGGUUUAGAUUCUACUUUCCAAGUAGAGAAAAAAAUUACCAAAUUGCCCAAAUAUUUGACUAUUCAAUAUGUUAGGUUUUUUUGGAAGAAAUCUACAGGGAAAAAAUCAAAGAUCUUACGUAAAGUUUCGUUCCCAUUCCAAUUGGACGUCUCAGAUUUAUUAGAAAGCAGUUAUUCCCAGGCAAAAAUCAAGAUACGUGAUAAUCUACGCAAAAUCGACUCUGAGAGAUUGGACGAAGAACGUGAAUUGAAGAGAAAAGCGCAAAAAAACCAAGAUCUUCCAGACACCAACAAAGAAGAUGAAGACGCUGAUUUAACACCAUCGGAAAAGGAGGAGUUGAAAAAAGCUAUUGAAAGGUCGAGAAAAGAUAAAUGGAUAAAUAAAUUCCAUUCGGCAUUCCCAGACAAUUUGCGUAAAGGUGAAAAUCCUUCCUGUUUAUACGAUCUAAUUGGCGUUAUCACUCACCAAGGUGCCAAUUCUGAAAGUGGACAUUAUCAAUCUUUUAUAAGAGAUGUAAAUGAUACAGAAAAAUGGUACAAAUUCAAUGAUGACAAGGUUAGUGUGGUUAGUAAAGAAAAGAUAGAGUCUCUAGCUGGUGGAGGUGAAAGCGAUAGUGCAUUGAUUUUGAUUUACAAAGGGUUUGCCUUGUAA